GGGGCAGCCUGGAGCCCGGAAGGUGGGGCCCACGCCCGGGUUUCUCCUGCUGACUGUCCGGAUGACUCACUCACCUCCACAUCCCGCCCUUUUACCUUUAUGGAACAGCCGGAAAGGGUGUGGAGAGAAGGGGAGAAAGGGGCAGGUUUUGGGCCCCAGUCCCGCCCCUGCCUCUCCCCACCCUUCUCCAGGCCAGGCCACCCAGCCAAAAGGCAGGCCAAGAGCAGGAGAGGCACAGAACCCGGCAUCGGUCCCCUGGCAGCCAGUUAGCCCGCCGCCCGACCGUCUGUCCCCAGAGCCAUGGAGCGAGCCAGUCUGAUCCAGAAGGCCAAGUUGGCAGAGCAGGCUGAGCGCUAUGAGGACAUGGCAGCCUUCAUGAAGGGCGCCGUGGAAAAGGGCGAGGACCUGUCCUGCGAAGAGCGAAACCUGCUCUCCGUGGCCUACAAGAACGUGGUGGGCGGCCAGAGGGCUGCUUGGAGGGUCCUGUCCAGCAUCGAGCAGAAGAGCAACGAGGAAGGCUCGGAGGAGAAGGGCCCCGAGGUGCGAGAGUACCGGGAGAAGGUGGAGACCGAGCUCCGGGGCGUGUGCGACACCGUGCUGGGCCUGCUGGACUCCCACCUCAUCAAGGAGGCAGGGGAGGCUGAGUGCCGCGUCUUCUACCUGAAGAUGAAGGGCGACUACUUCCGCUACCUGGCCGAGGUGGCCACCGGUGACGACAAGAAGCGCAUCAUCGACUCUGCCCGGGCAGCCUACCAGGAGGCCAUGGACAUCAGCAAGAAGGAGAUGCCUCCCACCAACCCCAUCCGCCUGGGCCUGGCCCUGAACUUUUCUGUCUUCCACUACGAGAUUGCCAACAUCCCCGAGGAGGCCAUCUCGCUGGCCAAGACCACUUUCGACGAGGCCAUGGCUGACCUGCACACUCUCAGCGAGGACUCCUACAAAGACAGCACCCUCAUCAUGCAGCUGCUGAGAGACAACCUGACGCUGUGGACAGCCGACAACGCCGGGGAAGAGGGCUGCGAGGCUCCCGAGGAGCCCCAGAGCUGAGCCUGCCUGCCCUGCCCUGCCCUGCCCGCUCCAGUCCCCAGCUGCCGCCCAGCGCACUCGGAGGGAGUGGGAGGCCCGGCCCUGCCCUGCCCAGACCUUCCCGAGUGCUCUGCCCAGCUCGGAAAGUCUCUCCGGGGGCGCAGCCGCACUGAGGCCACAGUGGCCAGGAUCCCUGGGCGCACCGCCUGCGGAGCGUCCCCUUCUCCCACCCACCCCGCGCCUCCCUCUGGCCCCUGCCGCCUCUGGAUCUUAGGAAUCAAGGAGUGCCGCCCCCCCAUGGCUGAGAGCUGGACCGUGUGGCAGAGGCUGGAGAUGAGUGUGUGCGUGCGUGUGACUGCGAGAGCGAGAGUGAAAGCGCGUCUGCUGGGUGUGACCAUGUUUCCUCUCAAUAAAGUUCCGCUGUGACACUCCUGUCUUUUCCAGUUACUGGCUAUGGGUUGGGAGUGGGACUGAAGUAUGCUUUAAGAGACCCUGACUUAGGACCUUAGCUGGCCAGGUGGCGCGCGUGCCCGAGGACCCCAGAGUUAAGUGGGGUGUAGUCCCACCCAGCCCUCGGAACUGCGCCGUCGGGUGGGGACAAAGGGAAACGGGCUGGAGGGAAACAGGAGCAAGCCGGGUGGGGAGGGCCGCGGGCAGCCCACAGACUCGGCUGGCAGCAAGCAGCAACACGCCGGGGCCGCGGUCUAGGCGCUGUCUUACCUUCACGGCUGGGGCUGGAAACUGAGCCCGGGGCCGCUACUGCCCAAUCACAGGAGGGAGUUGCCAGGGGUCCCGCCCCCAGGGCCCGCUUGACCAAUGGAAGAAGGAGCAGCGAGGAUUCUCGCCUUCACCUCCGCCGGGUAGAAGCCACCGCUGGCUUGCUGACUGAGCGUUGUCCUCGCCGCUGGCCGAACUCUGGGGGACGGCGCUCUCCGGGUUUCACUCUAGCAAGUUGUCGCCCGCCCAGCCCGAGACGCCGCCACCACACUCCAGAGGCAGCCCUGGCCGCAUGGCCAGCAGGCUUGGACUGUGUCCCUGGCUGCCUUUGGGGAAGCCAUUACACCUCUCUGGGCCUCACCUUCCCUCAGUGGAAAGAGGCUUGAACUCAAGGUUCUCCAACCAGAGAGGAAGACUUUGGGUCCUGAAAGCGCCUGGGUGCGAUCUGUCCUGCCUGAGGCUCUGAGCCUGCUCGCCUUUGCGUUCUAUUUGUGGGCUUGGUGGGGAGGUUUAAAACACCUCCUUCUUAGUUAAGUUUGAGAAAAGAAACACCUGUGCUGUAAAGCCUGCUAGCUGUUAUUCAGUCAUCAGGAAGGCUAGGAUUUAUCCAGUAUUCCUGUGCAAAGCAGCUGCAAUAAUCGGUUAAUCGGUCAGGCGCAGCGGGGAGGAGCAUCCUCGCUGCCAGAGAUGGAACUCAGUC